AUGUCACUGAGGUGGGACUCGUCUUCGCCCAUACCCAUCAGUUUCGAUUUUGGAAAGAUGCAAAAAAGCGAGGCCGAGACAGAAGCCGCAGAUAUUAAGGCCACGAGGUGGAUGAUGUACCUCUUGUACCCCUUAAUGGCUGGAUAUGCCGUAUAUUCGCUGAUAUACGACCAGCACCACGGGUGGUACUCCUGGCUUUUGAAUACACUGACAGGAUACUUCUACGCCUUCGGAUUCAUCGCCAUGAUGCCCCAGCUGUUUAUCAAUCAUCGCCUGAAGUCAGUGGCGCAUCUUCCGUGGCGAGCGCUAUGUUACAAGGCGUUCAACACCUUCAUUGACGACAUUUUUGCCUUUCUGAUCCACAUGCCCAAUCUCCAUCGCAUGGCGUGUUUCAGAGACGAUGUUAUCUUCUUCUGCUUCCUGUACCAACUGUACAUCUAUCCCGUGGACCCUACACGCGUUAACGAGUUUGGGAUGUCACUCGAGCCAAGCGCCAGCGAUGACGAGGAUGACGGGGAUGUAAGCGAGAAGGAACACGAGAUAGCGGGAGUUGCCGAUAAAAGUAGUUCACUUAUAUCUGAGAACUCCCAAAAGGAAACCAAUGUUACCGAUCACGGGAACAGCUUGAAACUUGAACUUCGGGAUGGCGAUCUGAGCGGAAGCGGCGAUGCGAACGAUACAAACACACAUGCUGAAAUAGGGGCUAAGAAAGAAUUAUAAUAUUUUGAAAGCGCUGAAACUAUGAAUUCCUAGAUGGAAGGUCUGGGAUGGGCGUAGUACGAAACUAGACCAGAGAUAAAAAAUAUUUAAGGUGGAAAAGGGAUAUUGAGCGAUGAGACAAACUGCAUUGAUAACAAAUAAAUUAAACACUCGCU